GGCGGGCGGGGAUGGCGCGGGGACGUCGUCUACGUCCGCAGAAGACCAUGAUCACGACGACACCACGGAAGAUCAUAACGGAAUAGUAAGCAGAGUUACUUCUGGAGCAGUACAGAAGCGCACGAUUAUGGUGCCGACGGCGCUGAACACCAUCAAAGGCGAACAAGUUCCAGGGUCGGCUGAAAGCAAUAGCAGUAGCGGUAGCAUCAAGGAAGAAGCAGCAGCAGGGGGUCAGAGCUGCAUCCUCGUGGAGAGACUGGAACAAGCAGCCAAGGACGAUCUUCGUGCCGACGAUGUCGAUGUGGACGAGUUUCUCAGUUGCAACAAGAUCACGCCCUCGACCGAAGCGCCAGAAGAUCAGGAUGAUUUGCGGAAUUUGCUAAAAGAAGUCGAGGAGGAGGAAGAUCGUGAUGUUGGUGCACAACAUCUUUGUUGUCAUGAUCAGCAAGAGACCAGAACCACCGCAGAGUUGCUUCCCGUUCCCAAACAAAUUCUCGCGAUUAAUGCAGAAAAUAAUAAUAAAGAGACGGACAAGCACGAAGAUGAAGCCACCGAUGACAGGAACGACCUGGGUGCCGAUACCAAAAGCAUCAAACAGGACGAGCCCCGUUUGAUACAGCCACCACCACCCCUGAUGCUUCGCGGCACGUCCAAUCUCCUGAUCGAAUCCUCUACCGACGUAUCACCGUGCCAACUCUCCCUCACCCGCCUACAUUCUUAUUUGUACAUGAUGCAAAUUACCAAAUCCACGCCACACCUUCAAGCACUGUUUGCAUGACAAGUUCUGACAGUCCAAAUAGCACUACACUGCACCUGUGCAGAUUUGUCAUGCAAAACCUGCAUUCAUCUUGAUCUUGCUGGCACUUGUAUUGCUGUUCAUGCCCUGCAAAUGUGGGGAAGGGGGCGUUGUGACCUUCCAUACGACGACGCGCCGAGCGUGAUGAAGAUUGGCGGCGCCGCAACCCCUUCCCGCAUCAUCAUUUCAGCAUCCGGUAGUUCCACAUCGGGCGGCGGGGAGCAUAUUGUUUCCACUACGGAUCACGGAGCUGCAGCUGCUGCACCCGGCGCAACAACCGGACCAGGACCAGGAGCACAAACGGCUGCGACGUCAACCAACGUGCUUGUCGUACCCGCAAACGUCUGCGACGAGACCGAGGAUGCGGUUUUGGGAGCCGGUGGAAAUCCUUCUUCCCCAACGGGCGCCGCCGCGUUGAAUAGCAGCUUUGUCAGCUUCGUGACCACCACGGCCUCCAAGUCCGUUAAGGAACAACAUAUUCAAGAAAAUUUCGGCUGUAAUACUACCCGACGGUCUACUGGAAGAACCUCGAGGGCAACAAGCCUCCAAAGUGGCACACAUCAUCAAUCCAGUAAGGAGAAGAAAAAGUCGAAGCCGCAGAAGGUAUACGUGGGGCCGUCGAGCGUGAUGCACAUGACGUGUGUGAAAAAUUAUUUGCAGAAAACCAACGCCAGCGAGACCGCAAAGACCCUGUGCAGCCGCGGAGCAGGAGGCAACAGUAGUUGCAGCAGUUCUAUUUCGAUGACAAUAAAUAACACGAGCAUGUAUUCCACCGCGAAUUCUGGGUCGGGAACGACCCGGACCAGACGGAAAACGAGCAUGAGCAGUAGCGCAAGCCGAGGUCGUUGUACUACCACGACCGCAGUGAAUGGUACGAGCAGUGGUUUAGUACAAGAAAAACUUAACAGCGAUAAAGAUUCGCACGGAGCUGCCGCGAGGGACCUUCUUGUUGCAGGAGGACAGCAGCAGCAAAAUGCGAAGAAUUCAUCGAAUAUGCGUGAGGGCGCGACGUUCUCCACCUCUUCGGAGCAGCAUGAUGAAAUAUUAAACAGGGUCCUCGUGCCCCCGCGUCGGGGGGAACUGAACGAGAACAAUCUGAAAGGGUUCAUGUGCAGUCCGUCGGGCGUCGGCGAGAUCGAAAACACUUCCACGAUGGCGUCGACCGCGAAGGGGUCGCCGGAACUAUGAAAGCCUCAGGUUGGAAAUCCUCAAAGUGAAAAUAAUUUGUAAUGCAAAAAAACGACUCCAGUUGGAGCGCCAUUUCUAGUCGGCGCAUGACAAAUUUCCCGGGCACCUAAACGUGUCUGUCAUGCUAGUUAGGCAAACGGGUGCCCUUCUGUCAUGCUAAUCAGCAGCCCAAUUCUGAACCCGUAGAAGCACAAUAGUCGGCCUCCAUUGCGUUUUCUGCAAUACAGUCUUUUUGGUUUCGCAUUUCCUGCAUCACAAAUUAUUUCCACUUUGAGGAUUUCCAUUCUGAGGGUGUCAUAGGAACGCGAGCAGGUGGACAACAACAGUAAGUCAUGUUCUAUCCUGAGUAAAAACGUACCCACACCAGAGUCAGGACGGGGAUUUUGCAACACAAACCUAGGAGUUUUGUGAGUCACGCAUGACAAGUUGCACUCUGCAGCGUAGUGCAGGUUAGCAAGUGGCGCAGCCGCAUUACAAAUCCAUCUGCUCAUCCUGUUCACAGCAUCACAAAUUCCACAACACGAUUGGAAAUGGCUCUCAUGGGGAUGCGCAUUACAAGUCUUCCUGUCUUUGCAAAUCUGCAUUACAACUCUGGCGCGGGUACGUUUUUACUCAGGAUAUGUUCUUCCUCAUCUUCUACCUUCGCGGCGAUAAGAAAUCCAGGUACCGGCGCAACGACCUCGAAUCUUCAUGCCGAGGCGCCGCCGCGGCCGGGGAUAGGUAAGAUCAUGCUGAAGAAGGAGGACCAACAUGAAGAUCGGGCAACCUCUACAUUUGAAGAAGAGGAGGAGCAAAACCGGAAGAAUUCCAUGCAGUCACAGAACCUGCGUAACCUAUUCGCGCUGGCCUGCUACGUCCGCAGCCGGUUCGAUCGGUUUUUAUCCAGGGAAAUAUAACGUGUUGGCAGUCAGAAAAUCAAAUUCGCUGUGCAUGUUGAUGACAGCCGAAACUUGCAACGGAAAACAGCCGAAACUUGCAACGCAGACGACAUUAUAUCGGAAAACACCUAUGGAGCUAAAAAGUUCCCAUAAGCAUAUUCGGCAUGACAGACCUUGUCGCUCUUGCGUGGUCCGCAACACAGUUUUUAACUGUCAACACACUUUUUUCUUCCCAUACGUUUUCACGCAGGACUACUACGGAGCCAAAACCGCAAUCUUCGGCAUUCCGGUGGCCGAAGCGACAACUAGGCAUCGGCUGUGGGACCUACUGCUCACCGAGCUCGCUGUCGCGGCGGAGACUGUGGUGGAAAAAGCGGCGCCUGGUAAUCAUGUCCUGCCACACGACUUUGAGGAGAACAGGGACAGGGACGAGGGAAGCAAGGAAUUUGAAUCCGCAUUGCGGAUUACAACGAGGAAAAAUAGUACUUCUGGAGCGACGAGCAGAACAUCGAGGCCUACUAGAAGUACUACUAUGUGGACCACAACUACAACAUCGGACCACGAAGAUGAAAACUACAAGCAGAUACAAGACUCUGCUAGUAUCUUCUGUGCGAGUUUGAAAUCCGUACGACUUGCGCGGAAACAGGCCGUAGAAGUACUAAGUGUUGACGAGGAUGAAAAGCGAUUGAGUAGCACGCACCCAGACCUGGUGAACACCAUGGAAGCCGACCACGAGCUGAAUUUCGUUGAUGAAGAAGAUGCCUGUCUAAUUGUCAACGAUCCUGCGGAGAUGAGUAAGAAACAAGUAGAACAUCAGGAGCAGGUCGAAACAAAACUAUACCCGACGAUGAAUGAUGUAAGAACAUCAUUUUCACCUGAACACACUACAACAAGUAGCCCUGUUCCCAUUGUGCUCGCUUCUUCAGCUGCGAAGGAAAUAGUAAACCAUUCGACAAGAACGGAUCACGGGUCGACGCUCUUGUGCGAAGAACGAAGUAGAGAAGGCGAUGGUCAUCUUCGGGGGCAGCCGCUUGAAACCGUACACAGCAAGAGCACGACUACAUCCUCUUCAUCCAGCAGUGUAUCUUGCUCUACUUCCAAGGCUCUUCAGCCAGCCGGCGGGGCAACUUCAACUUUCGCGAGUGUAGUUGCAGGCCGAGUCGACGAGAGGUGGCACGAGGAGCAGUUAGCUGUUUUCCGGAACGUGCUGUGCUCGGAACCCUUCGCAAUCCAGAUCUUGAAAGCGGUAGUGCAAGAAGAAGAUCGAAAAAUUAUGGUGGACGACGAAGUCGGGCGAGAUGUGGUACCCGCACGAGGGGGCCACUGUGCUGCAGCUCCGGGGGGUGGAGUACCAGGUGCGGGCGCAAUGGCAUCCUCUUCUUCGAACUCUUUGUGCCCCGCAUCAGCCAGGAGUAACAAGAUGAACAUCAGUAGAGAUACAGCAACAACUCUCUUACACAAUAUUAAAGCCGACCCUGUCGUGCGCAAUCAUGCCAAUGCCUCUCCUGCGUUUUGCGGCGGAAGUAGUAGUAGACUCAACUUGGUUCGGGAUGUGCGAUUGCGGACGGAUAUUUGGCGCCAUUGCAGCCGGUUCCGAAAAACGACCGAUGUUUUUGCAGAGGGAAAAAACAGCAGAAUUAUGGAUGAGACCACCACGCGUCAUCAAAGCUCAUCAAGCUCCUCGCCAAUGACCGAGGUGGAUAAAAAGCGCGAUCGGGAACAAGCAGAAGUAGCAGACUUUGCAAGAACCACUACUGGCGAAGGUCAAGUGCUGGAAAUGAACGCAGUUGCAUCCACGAUUAUCGCACAAGGAAUUAUCCAAGAAAUAAACGGGCAAAAUGAUUCAACCGUAGUGAAGACGACCCAGCAGGACCACCAGGAGGACACCCGGGAGAACUUCGAAGCGCGGAGGUUUUCCUACGAAGCACUCUCGUUGUGGUCGAUGAAAUGGCGUCCCGUCGAAGUGCUAGAGGUGAUAUCCAAGAAAAAGACUGUGUUAGUGUGACAGCAUCACAAAUUUUGCAUAUUUAUACAAAGAAAACCUGUGCUGUCCACAGCUAGCACCUAGAAACACGUAUGUUAACAGGACAUUAAUUUAUUAUGGCUGGCCAACAUGAUAGUGUAUAACUCUUUCGCAUUUUCUGCAUCACAGACUUACACACUCUUUACUUUCCUGCAUAGGUGAUGCGGAAUACGAAAAGUGAGGACCAACUCGUCCGGGUGCACUACAUCGGUAUGCUCUGCAAAAGUAUCGCACGCAUAUAUUAAAUUGCAGCCAUGCAUGACAAAUGUCUUUCUCUUUUCCAACCUGAAUCAGCAUUACAGAUCCCACUUUUGUUCUUGCCAAAAUUUGGUGUUGCGAAACAUUAUGACUACGUACGAUACUUCUGCAAUGCAUAAUGGGCUACGAUCCGCAAUACGACGAGCUAAUUCCUGACAAUCCAGGCAGAUUGCCCGUGCGGUUACGCUCCCGACGCGAUUUCGCGGCUGCGAAGCCGAAUUCUUGCACGGGUCAUGUGCAGCAGCAGCAAGGGUCGACUUUUGACCAACACCCACAAUUGCUGGCUGCUCAAGUAGAACAUCCUGGUGCAGUCGAUCAGCUUCACCAGAGCUUCGAUAAUUGCCAUCAAAUAUCGCAGCCUGCCGUGCCUGUGGUGAUCACAGGAGCCGGAGCCCAACCUCCAGCGGACUCUGUGAACGAUCUCACCGCCGAGAUACGCAGGCGGCGGAACCUGCCAGUGUGGCGGUUUGUAUUGCCGCAGCCAGACAAGGAAGGUGAUAGUAUUGUCAGUCACACGAAGAUGAAAGCUACAUCUACUUCGACAGAAACAAAUAACGCGAUCCACGGUGCUGGUCAGCAAGGGAACGGUCUUCCGCCCCCACAUGAAAUCUUCACAAGAACGCCUCGAGAACAGCAAACCGGGGAAGAAGAUGAACAACAACUUCUACAUCAGCAGGAGCCUGAUAAAAGCUACAACCUUGCCCCCUCUGUAGUACCGUCGACGCAAAAUUAUUUGGCCGAAACCGGACAACAUAACCGUGCACCCAAGAAGAAACGGCGAAGGAGCAAAGUCCUCGUCCGGGACGACGGGGUAAUAUCGCCUUUGGAUGAGAAGACUAUAAGAAUUCGCUCCAGUCGCCGGGCCAGUGCGGAGGUCCCAGAGGAAGUAGAAGGAGCUUUCGCUAUCCUGAGUAAAAACGUCCCCACACCAGAGUCAAGAUGGGGAUUUUGCAACACAAAGCUAGGACUGUUUGGGAGUCACGCAUGACAAGUUGCACUCCGUAGUGUAGUGCAGGUUAGCAAGUGCAGCUGCAUCACAGAUCCAUCUGCUUAUCCUGUUCAUAGCAUCACAAAUUCGAAUUCCAAAACACGAUUGAAAAUGUCUACCGUGGGUAUGCGCAUCACAAAUGUCCUUGUCAUUGCAAAUCUGCAUGACAACUCUGGGGUGGGAACGUUUUUCCUCAGGAUAUUCGCCAGUAGUUUGGGUUUCAACAAUAUUAACCCUUUCCUUUUUCAGGAAGAGGAUCCAGCACAGGACGAUGAGCUCUUCCACGAAGAAUACUUGGCCGGUCCCAGUAGCCGUGGCAUGACCAGGAGCUCUACUUCCAAGCACGGAGGCGGAGGACCACAUCAGCACCACAGACACCAUAAAGGGUCAAAGCAGCGGAGCACGCGAGACCGGCGGUGGAGCAGGCAACUAGACGAACUUGUCAAGAUGUUCUACUAGUCUUCUUGAUGUCCGUUUUUUAUUUUUCACUCUAUGAUUUUUUCCGAAUAUUUUGAUUUUCAUGUUGAUUUUUGUGUAAGUGUAUUCAAUAGAACUUGGUUCUUGAUUGUAUACCGACGAUGAAUAUCUUCUAGCGACGGACGAAAACGAUUUGUCCAUGUGAUAAAUAUCAAACGAAAGAUAAUUCGUUCUCCUCCCGAUAAAUUGUCAUUGUGGUGCCGAACAGUUAUUAUAUACCACUUUCAGUAUCAGCUUCAGUACGCAUUUCCCAGAGCGCAAAGAAAUCAAUACAGUUCUUUCUAUUCGGUUCGCUUUUCUGCUGAAUACUUCGCUUCUUGUCAUCAAAAGAUUGAUAAAAGUCUGAAGCUUACAACAACUUUUCUUUGCUAUUGUACUUAUUUCAAUUUUUCCCCAAAAAUUUGAAAUAUCAUCAAACUGAAUUCAUUCGUUAAGCUUUCGUUCCCGAGAAAUCAUAGCUUGCAUCGGUUUUUCACGCAAGGCCUGAUUUCUUUUUCUUGUCUAUUUUAUCGCUUUUCCCACUGAAUUUAUCAAAUUGGACCUUACCUCAUCUUUACCAAAGGUUAUGCAACGGCUUGAAUUUCUAUUUUUCUGAGAAGGUGACUACUAACUGGAAGUCGUGUCAUCUUCGUUUCGCUUGCCGUUAGAAAUCCGAUCUCCGAUUGGAUUUCAAUCGACCAAAAAAUUACUGCUGUGUCACAAACCGUAUACGUUGUAAAAAAUGUGAAGUCUUCAUCUUGUACAUACAACUCACAUUGUUUCACAAAAAGUUUGCUGUGGUUGGUCUUGUCGUGGUAAAAAAUAGAGCUUGUUAAAGUCCUAGAAUAUGAAAAGUUCAAAAAGCCACUAGCACUACCUCUACCAGUAAUGAAAAUCAAAAUUAUAUUCGUGAGUAUGCUUGCAUAGAGAUAGAUCGAUAGUGAGCUGCUCUGACUCUAUUAAGCAACACGACGUAUUAUGGAGGUAGAGUUACGGAUGAGCUUGAGAAGAAGAUUAUGCGUGAUUUUCUUUUCGGCGUCACGUACCUCCUGACAUCAUGAAGAAGUCUUUUUUUUUGGUACUAUCGUUGAAGAGGCCUAUGGCUGCAGCGGUUUGCAGGUGCCUUGCCAAUCCGUCGAGUUUAAAGAGCCUUGUCGAGACCACUUCCUUAUAUAAAAAAGGAAGCUAAAUAGAAAAAGAAACCGUGUUAAUGGAUAUAAUGUCUGCCGGUAUCACGACUCACACUCACGUAUCCCAAGCGGACAACGAGUUUUUGCCCGAGUCUUGAGAAACUCCACGACCUGUUUUUUGUUUGCGUGAACGAAUGCUGUUCUAGUCUACUUCGAAAGAAGUUAUUGCUCGUCGUGUCG